AUGCUAACAUACGAGGUCAAAGUGUUCACGGGCACGCUCAAGUAUGCCCACACUUUCAACAACAUCUACAUCAAACUGGUGGGGAAAGAGAAGGAGAGCAAACGCACGUGGCUCAUGGGCGCAGGCUGCUUCUUCUGUGGAGCUGUGUCCAGCUUCACAGUGCCCUGCACGGAGUCUCUGGGGGACCUGAUCCUGGUGCAGUUGGACAAACAGCCGCUGCCUCUGUUCCCUCAGGACUCCUGGUUUGUGGAGAAAGUGGAGGUGAAGUCUCCUGAGGGGCAGACCUUCAUCUUCCCCAUGUACCACUGGAUCCACGACGACGAGGUGCACACUUUCAGGGAGGGCAAAGCUUUGAAAGUUCAUCAGGACGAUCACCUCUUUGCCAAAUACUCCAGAGAGUUGGAGCUGAAACACAGGAAAAAAGAGUACUGUUGGGAGGUGUACGCAGAGGGACUGCCUCACUGUAUGAAAGGAACUGACCCCGUAGCUCUGCCUCCUGAGGUCCAGUUCUCCUUCACCAAAGACUCAGAGUUCAAAUGGACCGCAGUCCAAGGGCUGGCGGAGAUGAAGCUCACUCACCUGGGUGACUGCAUAGACCAGUGGACCGACUUUGACUCUCUUUACAGAGUCUUCUCCUUCCACAAAACCGACGUGUCAGACUAUGUGGAGCAACACUGGCAGGAGGACGCCUUCUUUGGAUACCAGUAUCUGAACGGACUCAACCCCAGCCUGAUCCAACGCUGCUCCUCUCUGCCCUCGAACCUCCCGCUCAAAGACGACAUGGUGACUCUGGAGGGCGGGGCCAGUUUGACGGAGGAGAUGAAGAACGGGAACAUCUUCCUGUGUGACUAUAAGAUUCUGGAUUCAGUGUUGACCAGUCAUAUCAAUGGAGUGGUGCAGUACCUCUGUGCUCCUCUGGUCCUGCUCCACAGAACUCCUGCAGAUGAGAUGAAGCCUGUGGCCAUCCAGCUCUCUCAGAGCCCCGGUGAGAACACCCCCAUCUUCUUCCCCUCUGACUCUAAGUACGACUGGUUACUGGCCAAGAUCUUCGUGAGGAGCUCUGAGUUUAACUUCCACCAGCUGGUGGUGCACCUGCUGCGCACGCACCUGCUCGCAGAGGUCUUCACUGUGGCUUUACUGCGAAACAUUCCCCGUGUGCACCCACUCUACAAGCUGCUGGUUCCUCACACGCGCUUCACUCUCCAGAUCAACACUCUGGCUCGACAGAACCUGAUCUCUAAAGAAGGAGCUUUUACGCUUAACACCUCGUCUGGGGGACCUGGUAUGACCACCAUCCUGCAGAGGGCGAUGUCUUUGACGACGUACAGCUCUCUGUGUCUCCCAAAUGACAUCAAAGACAGAGGGGUGGAGGCAGUGCCAAACUAUUACUACAGAGACGACGGGAUGCUGAUGUGGAACAUCAUCCACAGGUUUGUGAGUGGAAUCAUAAAGUACUACUACAAGAACGACUCUGAGGUGUGUAAGGACGAAGAGCUGCAGAACUACAUCGGAGACAUCUGGACACACGGCUUCCUGUCCAAACCAGACAGCGGCAUACCUAACAGCUUCAGUACUGUGGAGCAGGUGGUGGAGUUUGUGACCAUGGUCAUGUUCACGUGCUCCGCUCAGCACUCAGCGGUCAACACUGGACAGUUGGACCUCGGCGGGUGGAUGCCAAACUUUCCGACGACCCUAAAACUGUCCCCUCCCUCCACCAAGGGCACAGCCGACGAGCAGACUCUGCUGCAGACACUUCCUGAUGUCAACACCACAGUGCACGGUCUGACUGUGCUCUGGCUCCUCAGCACUCAGUCCUCCGACUUUGUUGCUAUCGGCGACUACCCUCAGGAACUUUUCACGGAGGACGAGUGCCGUGAACUGAUCAAGGAUUUUCAGAACAAUCUGAGAGAUCUGGACUACGUCAUCGACCGCAGGAACAAAGAUCUGCCCUUACCUUACACGUACAUGCAGCCCAAGCAAAUGGAGAACAGCGUGGCCAUCUGAAGCAGCUGCGCCGACUUUUCACUCUGUUUAAAACGACAAAAACACAACUAGUUCAUUUGAAACAGUUUGCAGUGGUCCAAAGUUACUCUUCCACACACUACAGGAAU